GUAGUGCGGUGAGGCCUUGGGAGUAUACGGUUCACACGUUACGUCGUCCUCGUGUCUUGGCGCAGUUUAGGAGACGCGGGGCUGAUAAGGAUCGACGGUGCCCGUGGCGGAUGCGAUGACUUUCGUAACGUGUGAGAAACGGUUUGAGCUUAGUUAUCUUUUUAAAGAGCCUUUUUGAUUAAGCCCUGCAAACAACACUUUUUUCAAAAUGACCACCCAGAGUGAAGAUUCAAAACCAGAACCAGAGAAAUGGGAGAAACCAGGUGCCAAGAUAUAUUAUUGUGAGCUUUGUAAAGUUCCAUGUAUGAGUGCUAUGACGCUCCAGACACACUUUGCUGGAUUGAGGCAUAAAAAGACAGAGAGAUCCAUGAAGAAAAAAUGUGCUCCAGUGAUACCUGAAGAACCACAGCGUGGAAGGAGAACAAUUUCAAAACACAUAAGAUGUCUGAAAGAUUACAUAAAGGAUCCAAACAGAGACGAGCCUCUUAUAGGUUUGGAAUAUGUGGUUGAGAUUCGAUUUGAAGGGAGAAGAUUUCCUUGCUAUGAAUGCAAGCUGUGCCAGUUCAAUACAGAGAUGGUGCCAAUGAUAGAGCAUCUCACUGGCCAAAGACACAGAAAAGCCUAUCUUGUUAAACAUUAUCCAGAUAGAGGAAUGAGGAAGCCAAAUGAGGAUAAAGAAGACAAAGCUAUAUUUCUUAGGCGUGUGGCAAGAGAAGUAGAGAAGGAAGAAGGUUUAAAAAUGUAUAAGCGUGAAGGUUAUGAGAGACCCAGCAUACGUUCUUCAGCAGCAGCAAAGAACAGAGCAAGGUGGCCAGGUAGUACUUAUAAGCCUGAGAAUGAUCCAGUUCUGAGACAGAAAGCUCUGGAAUACAUGGAAUUCUUUGAGAUAACAUCUGACACUGAAGCAACUCAAGUGGUACGCAUUGCACAGUCUUUGUCAGACGCAUUGAAGGCUUUCUGUGCAAAGAAAGAAGCUAUCAAGCAUAUUAGAAGCCUUCCACCAUUGCUGGCACCUAUACCCAGACACUCAAAGCAGCAAACACCGUAUGAAAAUUUCAAAGAGGAUCCAGGAGACAAGAAGUGGACUCAAGAGUACAUGUCCAAUGGACUAGCACAGUUACAAAACCUAUUAGGACAAGCUCCAAGUUCUUCACAUAUGUACCAGAUGGGGGAGAGGACAUCCUCCUGUACAAUAAGUUCCAGUGAUCUUGCAACAGUGUCUGCUCUCAGGAAAUCAUUUGCUUCUGAGUCAGCAAGCUCUGCUUGUGGACUCAAUGAAUGGAUGAAGCAGUUCAGCCAAUCUGCUCCUGCUUAUUCCCAGUCUAAUCCAGUUAGAGAAAACACUCGGCCCUUUACAUCUUCACAAAGCAGUAGUUACACAUCACGGUAUAACCCAGGAAGCAGCACUCAAAAACAUGAUAAACAAAGGGCAGACACAGGGCCAAAAAAUUGGGACAGUAUGAGGGAUUCACAUUCUGCCACAAGAAGGCAUCCAGCAAAUUGCCCAUCACAAGAUUUUCCCUCUUGGUAUAAGGAUGGGAAGAGUAAUCAGAUGCCUGUAUCUCUUCCUGCUGAAAGUAAUAGUCCUGGCUGGCCGCAGUUAUCUGGAUACCAACAAUCAAAUCUCCAAGCUGAUAGAGGACCCUGUCAGGCUCCCUUUUCCAGUGGCAGUUCAUACAGCAGUUACCAGCAACAGAACAUUCAGCUUAAUAACAUGAUGUAUCAGAGUCCUGCUGGCCUAUCUUCCAACAUUAUCAGUCAGCUUCGAGGAAAGGAUCCAGUUACUCUGACAAGAAUGCUUCAGGAGCUGAUUCCCCACUAUCCAGAUCUUCAAAAAGUUGAUAUUUAUGCACUAGCCCAAGCUCUGAGUAAACUCAACUAAGAAUAAAUAGGAAGAAAUGAAUAAAGAUUCUGCGUGACAAAGCUAACUGACCACCGAGACGUGGCCUUGCCUAAAGCUUCUUCUCCAACCCCAAGACAAGAUUUAUUUUGUAUCUCAAAUCUGAAAUUUCCAUGAUGUGUUGUUUUAAGUAGGAUUGGUAGCAAGAACGUUCCAUAUGUACUAAAACAUAAACAAAAUUUUAUUAGGACCAAUCAAAUUGACAUAAUUUCGGUGUAAUAAAAAGUAUUACAAAUACUUCUUGUUUUUGGAUUUUGUGUUGGCUGAUACGGCUGUACAAUUUUUUCAUACAUGGUAAACCAAGGUAUGUUCUUUGAAGUUUCUUGAAUCCCCUGCUCUUUCAACAAAUUCUACAUUAAUAAUAAAAUAACUGGAUGUAAUUGUGCUAUACUGUAAGAACAAUAAAGAUAGUUCUUCCAUAGUAUGAAUUCUGAAA